GCAUUCUGCAUUAAAUAUUGACCGGAAAGUGGAAAAUUGUAGCUACUACUAUUAAUAUGGCUGUCGCAAAGUGUCCUCUAUUCCUGACAAUCCUAGCCGUUGCUAUUGAAAUUUCAUUGGCUUGCAAUGGCUACAAGGCGCGUAUGAUAAAAGCGGAAAAUUGCGCUGGAGCGGAUGCGAUCAUUACGCUAGAUGACGAUUUUUCAGUCAAACUCAAUAAGAAAUGCGAAAUUGUGCCUUCAGGUUGCGUCAUGAAUAAGGCCUUCAAUACCGCCGUGUCGCAGUUUAAAUUGCAAAAGGAUGGCAUUGUGCUGAAAGAGGGAAAAUUCGACUUGUGUGCUGCCGCCGAACAUGUGCCGAACGAAGCAAAGGAUAUGCUGAAGCUCUUCGGCGCCCCAGCUAGUUGCCCAGUGCCAGAGGAGAAAAUCUGCGCAAACGAUCAUCGUGUUGACUUGUCGAAAUACAAGGCCAUGUUGGGUAUGGCCAAGGGCAACAUAAUUAUGGAUUCGGAGAUAACUCAUGAUACAGGUAAAUCUUGUUUCCACAUUGAGAUGGAG